UGUUAUUUUUUCACGUGUGUGGGGGGGGGAAAAGGAAUUCAUUGGUCGAAACAAACAAAAGAAGAGAAAAAAGAAAAGAAGAGGAGGGGAAUCCAUCUUUGGCGCGUUUUUGAUAGAUUUCUUGCUGGCCGAGUUUUCAUGGUAUCGCGCCUGCAACACUUGAAGGUCGUGUGAAACUGAUGCAACGUGACGUCUUAUUAUUUUGUUCACAAUCUCAUCGCCUUUGGUUUAUUACGUUUUUGGUGUGUUUAACGUGUUAACUCGGAUCUGUAUUACUUCCAGUCGAGUUGCUCUAACUGCUUGUUCUCGUUAUCAUCGCAGCGUGAUGAAUGAGAGAAUACUCGUGUCUUGAUUACCCAAGUGGAAAACAUGCUCAGUCCUUUUCAUUCAUUUUUUUUCUCUUGUUGUUUGGUGUACGACUGUGACCUUUCUGAUUGCCUGCAAGCUUAGUUGGGUUCGAAAAGGUCUCCCACUGUUGUGAUAAAUCUGUCACCCCCUGCUGCUUUGUCAGAAUUCUCCUGGCUGCUGACAAAAAGAAAAUCUUUGAUUAACAUUCUUGGACCUGCGACUUUGCCAGCGAAGCCUAUUGUGUUCUAAUCAGGACUGUUUCUUUGAUUGAACAAGAUGGAUUUCGACAAUCUGUUCGCCCAGAUCUGUCAAGAUCUGAAAGAAACUGGUGAAGUCAUUGAAAUGUCUGCUCGAUUCUCCACUUGCUCAAGUGAUGCUCAGCGAAUCUCUUUCAUCUUGGCAACGAAUACUGUGAGAAAAUGCCUGCAAGAGCCACUAAGCCUUGCGAAACAAGAAAUGUCUGCACCUUGCAAAUCCCAAAGUCUCUCUGCUAGUCAUCGAGCUGAAGGAAACAACUACUACCAGAAGAAACUCAACUGGAAAGCAAUCUCCUCUUACAAUCGCAGCCUGCUCGUUGGCGAGGGUGAAUCAUUAGCCCUGGCCUAUGCUAAUCGAUCGGCCGUGUUCCACGACAUGGCAGACUGGCUCCAUUCUUUAAGAGAUAUACAGCUAGCCCUUGACCAAGGCUAUCCGAAACAUCUUGAGCACAAGUUACGCGAACGACAAGGCAAUUGCUGGCAGGAAUUGGGACACGUCACUCGAGCAUUCAAGAGCUUUAAUCUGGCCAAAGAAUUACUGGCGUCGGCUGGCCAACAACACAAGGACAAGCUCAUUAGCAUUACGUCAAAGAUAAGAAAACUGGGCGACGUUAUGGAGGUCACUGAAUCCAUGUCAAAUGCCACGUCCAUCGAACAAGAAAUCAUUAAGAAAAGGAGAUUGGCGCCCGAGCUGAACCGGGACAGGAACAUUCUAUUGCCGUCCGCUUCCACGUCAAUCGAACUAACGGAUUCGGUCGAUCGGGGUCGUUGCCUGGUCGCCACUGAAGACAUCCACAUAGGCACGACGGUCAUCGUCGAGAAGGCGUUCGCCUCCAUCCUACUGGCGGAAUUUAAAGAAUCGCAUUGCCAUCAUUGCCUUCACUGGACACCCGGACCCGUACCGUGUCACCGAUGUUCUCAGGUGGGAUUUUGCAGUACGAUAUGUCGAGACGAGGCCACUUACCAUCAGUCGGAAUGCGGAUUGACGGAUUUGUUUCAUCGCACUGGAGUUGGCAGCCAUGGAUCCAUUGGAUUGCUGGCCGUGCGCACCGUUCUGAAGACGGGCCGUGAUAAGAUUGUAAUGGCUAACCAGCAAGAAUCUAUUGGAAAGGUGUACGAUUCGAGCGAUUACGGCACGAUCCAUCGUCUAGUUGGAAACACCUCGCAACGUUCGGUUGCGGAUCUCUUCCGCAGGGCCGUCAUGGCUGUCUAUCUAACAAGUCUGAUGCAACCGGACAACGAACCUGACCAAGUGUUGGCGACGGCCGUGCUCCGUCUUCUUCAAAGUUACCCGUGCAACGCUCAUGAAAUCUGCCAUUUGGCUGUCCCGCUGCCCGGAACGUCUCGCCGAGCGGAUCGUCCGUUGCAGCAGAUACAACUUUGCGAAAUCGGAUCGGCGGCCAUGCCCGUUUUGAGCCUCAUCAAUCACUCGUGCGAUCCCAACAUAGCGCGCGUUUGUUACGGUGACGUCAUCGCCAUCAAAGCCAUCCGCCGGAUCGCCAGAGGGGAGGAGCUGCUGGACAAUUACGGCUACCAUUACGCCGUUCACGAGAAGAGCGAACGCCAGACGAGACUCUUCAGACAGUACUACUUCCGCUGCAAUUGUCGGGCUUGCGUGGAAGACUGGCCGCGCUACGCGGACGCACCUCGGCUGGACAACAGGCCCGACUUGUCGGAGACCGUCGACCGCUACGUCAAACUGCGCUGGUGCGACCCGGACGGCCCGCCAGAGGCCUCCGAGUUGGCGCAAUCGUUCAUCGACUGUUUGGACGCCAUGGAGACGUCCGUCAAACUGCCCGUCCAGGAGUACAACAACGCGCAAGAAGUUUUUGCAGCGUCCAAAUGGCGACCUUGUUGUGUCUUUGGAUGCUGUUGGCGUCCGUCCUGCGGGCAACGUCGACGCCGUUACCUGCCGACCCGUUCAACUUGACUAUCUUGCACAU